AUGUGGGAAAAUCGUCGUCACUUGUCAGUGCACGCCCACCACGGCAACACCCUCGACCAACCCUUGUUUCCCACACUCGCACGGCAUAAAAGUGUUAAGGCACAAUGGGUCCAAACAAUUGUUGCCGAUCUGAAGAUCCUCUCAUCUCCAGAAGCGGAUUGCCCAUGCUAA